AUGACUGUUGACGAGGAAGAAGUAUUUACUACAUCUAAUGAAUUCAGAAGUGAUACAUUCACCGUACCCACGAGAUCCAUGAUCGAAGCUGGAUUUAUGAAUGCAACUUACGGUGACUCAGUUUAUUGCGAAGACCAAGCUACUCUAGACUUGGAGGCUCGCAUGUGCGAGCUCACAGGCAAAGAGGCUGCGCUUUUUUGCGCAUCCGGCACUUUAUCAAACCAAAUUGGACUAAGGGCAAACUUAUACCAGCCGCCUUAUAGCAUAUUAUGUGAUUACCGCUCACAUGUAUUUUUGCAUGAAGCUGGUGGACUAGCCACCUUGAGCCAAGCCAUGGUUCAUCCGGUUGUUCCAUCAAAUGGCAACUACCUAACUUAUGAAGAUGUUGUUCUGAAUGUGACCUUUGAUGAUGGGGAUAUUCACGCCGCUCCAACAAAAGUCAUUUCGUUGGAAAACACCUUACACGGAAUUAUAAUGCCCUUGGAGGAAAUAGCCAAAAUUAGUCAAUUUUGCAAAGAGAAUGAUAUAAGGUUACAUUUAGAUGGUGCAAGACUAUGGAAUGCAUCAGUCGAGACUGGUAUCGGUAUAAAGGAGUAUUGUUCAUACUUCGACUCAGUGUCACUUUGUUUGUCAAAGUCCUUGGGUGCCCCAAUGGGCUCCAUACUCGUUGGAACGUCGACACUCGUCAAGAAAGCAAAUCAUUUCAAAAAGCAAAAUGGUGGUGGAAUUAGACAAGCAGGUUUAAUGGCAUCCAUGGCUUUAUACGCAAUUGAGAAUCACACACAAUUGUUGAAGAAGUCACACAUUUAUGCAAAACAAAUUGGUGAUUUUUGCCAUGCCCAUGGUAUAUUACUUGAGUCACCGGUUGACACAAACUUUGUAUUUGUUGAUUUAAAGAGGAAUCACAUGGAUGACAAGUUGCUUAUUGAAUUGGGUAAAAAAUACAACGUUAAACUUAUGGGUGGCCGUAUUGCAUGCCACUUUCAAUUGAGUCAACAAAGCAUUGAUAAUCUCAAGCAAUGUAUUUUGGAAUGUUUUCAAAUCAAUCAAAAAAACCCUCACAAGGCCGAUGGAAGGAAUAAUAAGAAAAUGUACAACUUUGAUGCUAUAAAGAGGUAG